AUGGACACCCCUGGCUAUCCUUCACUGGUGCCCAUGACCUUGGAACCCGGGAACGCCUCCUUGGCCUGGCCCCUGGAUGCCGUCCUUGGAAACGUGUCCGCAGCGCCGAGUUCAACAGGGCUGGCCAUCAGUGGCAUUCUGAUCCCCUUGGUGUACCUGGUGGUGUGCGUGGUAGGCCUGCUGGGCAACUCGCUGGUCAUCUACGUGGUCCUGCGACAGACAGACAGCCCAUCGGUCACCAACGUCUAUAUCCUCAACCUGGCACUGGCCGAUGAGCUUUUCAUGCUGGGGCUGCCCUUCCUGGCUGCACAGAAUGCCCUGUCCUAUUGGCCCUUCGGCUCCCUCAUGUGCCGCCUGGUCAUGGCUGUGGACGGCAUCAACCAGUUCACCAGCAUCUUCUGCCUCACUGUCAUGAGCGUGGACCGCUACCUGGCGGUAGUGCAUCCCACCCGCUCAGCUCGCUGGCGCACAGUGCCCGUGGCCCGCAUGGUCAGUGCAGCCAUCUGGGUGGCCUCGGCCGUGGUAGUGCUGCCCGUGGUCGUCUUCUCGGGUGUGCCCCGUGGCAUGAGCACCUGCCACAUGCAGUGGCCCGAGCCAGCGGCGGCCUGGCGGGCUGGCUUCAUCAUCUACACGGCUGCGCUGGGCUUCUUUGGGCCACUGCUGGUCAUCUGCCUCUGCUACCUGCUCAUCGUGGUCAAGGUGCGCUCAGCUGGGCGGCGGGUGCGGGCACCCUCGUGCCAGCGGCGGCGGAAUUCCGAGCGCAGGGUCACACGCAUGGUGGUGGCCGUCGUGGCGCUCUUCGUCCUCUGCUGGAUGCCUUUCUACGUACUCAACAUCAUCAACGUGGUGUGCCCGCUGCCCGAAGAGCCCGCCUUCUUCGGCCUCUACUUCCUGGUGGUGGCACUGCCCUACGCCAACAGCUGCGCCAACCCCAUCCUUUAUGGCUUCCUCUCCUAUCGCUUCAAGCAGGGCUUCCGCAGGGUCCUGCUGCGACCCUCCCGCCGUGUGCGCAACCAGGAGCCUCCUGUGGGGCCUCCAGAGAAGACGGAGGAGGAGGAGGAAGAGGAUGGAGGAGGGGAGGACAGGCAGGAGGGAACAGGAAAGCAGGGGGAGCGGAAGGAGAUGAAUGGCCAGGUCAACCAGAUCGCACAGCCGGGUCCCAGCGGACAGGAGCAGACUCCCAGUGGCACCACCAGCAAGGAGCAUCAGUUCCUACCCCAAGAACCCUCAGCUGGGGAGAAGUCAGGCACGCUGCACAUCAGCUAUCUGUAGGGACCUGCGGAAGGCCAGGGUAGCCCUAGGACAGGGCAAAGACUGUGGGUGCACCUAGGACAUGCCACCCGAGGUGCCAGGGGCCCAUGAUGGGAUGUUUGGAGGCCUGAGCUCUGAUCCCAUUGCUGCUGAGACUUGCUGUGUGACCUCAGGUAGGUCACUUCCCCUCUCUGGGCCU